CUCACUGGAUCUCAGCUGGGCACACCAAGACUCUCAGUUGGGAGGAAAUCUUGGAGCCAGAACUACUGAAGGAGAGCUGAGAUGGAGCUCAUCCCCAACCUUUCCACAGAAACCUUGGUGCUGCUGGCUACCAGCUUGGUGCUUAUCUACAUAUAUGGGACCUAUUCUCAUGGGAUUUUUAAGAAACUUGGAAUUCCUGGACCAAAACCUCUGCCUUUAUUUGGCAACAUUCUUUCCUAUCGUGAAGGUACAUGGAAAUUUGACGAAUAUUGCUAUAAGAAGUAUGGGAAAACAUGGGGGUUAUACGAUGGUCAACAGCCUGUGCUGGCUGUCAUGGAUCCAGAAAUCAUCAAAACAGUGCUGGUGAAAGAAUGCUACUCCAUCUUCACAAACCGUCGGUCUUUUGGGCCAGUGGGAUUUAUGAAAAAGGCCAUCAGUAUUUCCGAGGAUGAAGAAUGGAAGAGACUUCGAAUACUGCUGUCUCCAACAUUCACCAGUGGAAAACUCAAGCAGAUGUUUCCCAUCAUUGGACAGUAUGGAGAUACGUUGGUGAAAAACUUGAAACGAGAAGAAGAGAAAGGGAAGCCCGUCACCAUGAAAGACAUCCUUGGAGCUUAUAGCAUGGAUGUGAUCACCGGCACAUCAUUUGGAGUGAACGUUGAUUCCCUCAACAACCCACAAGAUCCAUUUGUACAGAAAGCCAAGAAGCUCUUAAAGUUUUCAGUUUUUGAUCCAUUUCUUCUCUCCAUAUUUCUGUUUCCAUUCCUUACUCCGAUAUAUGAGUUACUAAGUCUCUCCAUUUUUCCAAGACAAUCAGUGAACUUUUUCAAAAAAUUUGUAACAAGCAUGAAGAAAAAUCGCCUUGAUUCAAACCAGGAGACACGAGUGGAUUUUCUUCAGCUAAUGAUGAACACUCAGAAAUCAAAAGGCGAAGAGUCCCAGAAAGCUCUUUCUGAUCUAGAAAUGGUAGCACAAACUGUUGUUUUCAUUUUUGCGGGCUAUGAUGCCACAAGCACAUCCAUUUCCUUCAUCAUGUAUGAGCUGGCCACCCACCCUGAUGUGCAGAAGAAACUUCAGGAUGAGAUUGACAGAGCUCUGCCUAAUAAGGCACCUGUCACCUAUGAUGCCCUGAUGGACAUGGAGUACCUGGAUAUGGUAGUGAAUGAAACUCUCAGAUUGUACCCUAUUUCUAACAGGCUAGAGAGGGUCUCAAAGAAGGAUGUGGAAAUCAAUGGAGUGUUCAUUCCCAAAGGGACUGUAGUUAUGAUGCCAAUCUAUCUUCUUCAUCGGGAUCCUGAGUACUGGCCAGAGCCUGAGGAGUUCUGCCCUGAAAGGUUCAGCAAGGAGAACAAGGGCAGCAUUGAUCCUUAUGUAUACAUGCCAUUUGGAAAUGGACCCAGAAACUGCCUUGGCAUGAGGUUUGCCCUCAUCAGCAUGAAACUGGCUGUCAUCAGUGUCCUGCAGAACUUCACCCUCCAGCCUUGUGAAGAAACUCAGAUACCGCCAAAGUUGAGCAAUCAACCAAUUCUCCAACCAGAAAAACCCAUCAUCCUGAAGGUUGUAUCAAGAGAAAAACCCAUAACUGGAGCAUGAAUUUCCCUCAGGAACCAUGUUAUAUUCUUCAGGAGGGCUGUGCCACAGAACACUAGCAAAGUUAAUAUACCAUACAAUGAUUGAGUGUUCAAUAAUUCAUUGAACAUGCUCAGUGUCUAUACAGAGUAUCAUCUAUUGUGUGAUUCAACAUAAAUAAUUAAGUGAUUAAUAGGUAUGGAGAUUCAUUUUCUGAUUCUCUUGGGAUCAUCUACACUGAUUGCAACUGGUUAUUUCCAUUCUGAACUCUAAAUGUAGUAACUGUUUCUCUAAAGUUCUAUCAAUAAUUUUUAAUGAAAAUAGGAACUAUCAUGUUGACUGUUAGUAAAAGUAUAUCAAAUUGUUUUUUGUAAAAUUUUAUGUUAUUGAAAAUAUAAAUAAAAAUCUCUUUCAAAAAUA